UGUCCACCGAUGCAGCACGACUGAGUUUCAGGAGUUGUGCUCACUCCUUCGAGAGUGAACGCAGAAUUUUGGACAAACCAGGCAGUCACUGUCAAAAUUUUGAUUUUUAUUUGUUCGUCUGUCCACCCAGCAUCGAUCAGGUUAUCAUAACCAUGACCAGCGGGACAAAAAUAACUGAUGACUUGUUCCUCAGGCACCAUCCACGUUACGUUUUCUCUCGCAUACAUCGGCUUAAAUUUCAAAGAAAUACUGUACCGCCAUCGAAUUAGAUCAACAGUUACAAUUUAUUCGGAACGUCAGUGAGUCGUUGUACCAUUGAAAAAGAGUCAAUCAAAUGUCUGCGGAAGAUUUCAACCAAACGAAUUCACAUUAUACGCGUUAUAGACUGAGAUGAACUUGGACGAGGGUCUCAAUUUCACCAAAGCAGCUACGCAGAAAAUACUUAACAAGUUGGUUUAUAGCAAGCAUCCAGCCACCGUGACUGUAAUCGAGAUAUCAGCAGUGAUUGGUAUAGUGGUGUGGGCUGCUGGUUAUCGGCUAAUUAGGCCAUGCAUGUUCCUCGCUGGAUUUGUUCUAGGAUUCCUCAUUUUCUACGUAUUCAGCCCACUGAUCUUUAAGACACAACUGUGCUGUGGUCCUAACGGGAAGGAAAUAGCCCACGUUUUGUUCAGUGCAUUGGUCGGUGUGUUUGGUGGAUUUUUAGGAUGUCGAUUAUACAGACUUGGUGUGUUCACAAUUGGAGAGUGUCUAGGACUGCUGGUUGGCCUUACAAUUCUUAGCACUCCGCUGUACAAGUACUUUCACAGUAACAUUGCCUACGCCGCUUUGAUGGCAACAGUUUCACUCAUGUUCGGAUCGCUGGCUCACUUCUAUGAGAAACCGGUCGUAGUCAUAGCAACAGCUUGCGCUGGAUCAUUUGCUGUGUUCUAUGGUGGGCAUAACUGACGUACACUUCCUACUCAUAAAGCUUUCUAAAAAGGCCGUAAAUCCUCCAUUUUAUCAUCACGACAUACAUGACAAUGAGUCUCUCUAAGGUUACCCUUUCAUCCCUAAGAGUGACAGUAGGCCCAAUUUCUCCUUAAGAUAUCACCCCUUAAUUACUCUUUCAGUUCAUAAGGAAAAAAGAAAGCUCUUGAUUCUUAAAAGACUUCUCGUUAUCAGCAG